UUUUCAGUCACAGAUCUCAGUGGAAUUAAAUAUAGAUAAAGGCCUAUAGGAAAGAUAAAGAUAUAAAGUUGAGGGAUCUUUUAAUUUUCAUAUCCUCUUAUAUUUUUAAAACACAUACAACAUGCUUCAGGGUUUGCUUGGACUUUUUUAUCUCUCUGCGGUUUCUCAAUUAGUGUCUCUCACAGGUACACAAGCUAAAUGUCCUUUAAAGCUCAACCCAUCGAGUGUUGUUGUGGAGUACGACAGCUCUGUUUCAGUGGAUUGUAGCACUGAUGUCACACAUGAUGGGAUUGGUUGGGAAGUCAAUGUAAGAUCAGUACCCAUGACCAAAGCCAAACUGAUCACCUGGAGAGUGUCUAACCUGAGACAAUGGGACAUAUGGGCAGAGUGCUUUAUAAUCUACAACAGGAAACAAUGUUCAACUUUACUCCCAGUCACGGUUUACAAGACUCCAGAUAGUGUCUCCAUCAACAGAGUGGAUCGACCAAUGAUAGAGGGGUCCCAGUAUGAGCUCCAGUGUGACAUUGUGAAUGUGGCUCCUGUUAAGAAUCUCAUUGUGAAAUGGUUUAAAGGAGAGACAAAGGUGAAAACUGAGACCUUCACUGACACCAUGAAGACUCCAGUGAAUAAAACAUCUAAACUUCAGAUCACUGCAGUCAGAUCUGAUAAUGGAGCUCAGUACAGAUGUGAAGCAGAGCUUAAACUGGGAGCAGAUGGACCUAAACCUCCUCCUAAAGUGACAUCAGAUUCUCUGAACAUCACUGUUUAUAGUAUUUGCGCUCUUCUUCAGUUAAACCCAUCAAGUGUUGUUGUGGAGUACGACAGCUCUGUUUCAGUGGAUUGUAGCACUGAUGUCACACAUGAUGGGAUGGGCUGGGAAGCCACAGGAUCAGUACCCAUGACCGGAGACAAACUGGUCACCUGGAGAGUGUCUAACCUGAGACGAUGGGACAUACGGCCACAGUGCUACAUGAACUACAAUAGGACUCAAUGUACACAUUUACUCCCAGUCACAGUUUACAAGACUCCAGACAAUGUCUCCAUCAACACAGUGGAUCGACCAAUGAUUGAGGGAUCCCAGUAUCAGCUCCAGUGUGAUAUUGUGAAUGUGGCUCCUGUUAAGAAUCUCAUUGUGAAAUGGUUUAAAGGAGAGACAGAGGUGAAAUCUGAGACCUUCAAUAACACCAUGAAGACUCCAGUGAAUGAAACAUCUACACUUGAGAUCACUGCAAACAGAUCUGAUAAUGGAACUCAGUACAGAUGUGAAGCAGAGCUGAAUCUGGGAGCAAAAGGACCUCAACCUCCCCCUAAAAUGACAUCUAAAUCGAUUCAGAUUACAGUACAGUAUCUUUAGGAUAAUUUUGUCAGCCUCAAGAAGAUGCUACUUACUCCUGGUCCUCAAAGUAUUUGAAAGAGAGGAAAAGUUCAUCAGUGCUCUUAUCUACUAUCUAGGAAUCUCCAACAAAGUGUUCAUCAUCAAUGAAAUGAAAUUGAACAUAUGUCUUGGAGCUUUGUGAUAUUUUUUAAGUGUUACAAUUUGUUUCUAAUUGUAACCAUUUCUAUUUUUCUUUCACAGGCAAUUGCAACACAUUCAUGGUUAACCUGUUGUUUUCCAGCUGCUGGUUGCUUUAAGAAUUGUCAUGUGAGGAAGAUAAAAAAUUUUAUCUUCCUCACAUGCCAAUCAUUAAAGCAAGAUUAAUUUCACUUCUUUUUAUGGCAACUUAUUCACUUUCUUUAAGAUCUGACAGUCACUGCUUUGCAUUGUGUAACAUUGUGAUUAUUAUUCAUGACCUAACCGCAUGUAUUAUGUUUUUUUUUUCGGCAUGCACCAAUAUAUAUGGGUCUACAAUUGAUCCAAAUUUUUUUAACAUUGGCUGAUUGUUUAAAAACAGCCGAUGAUCAGGGCAGAUUAUAUUGGAAGUCAAAAGGGUGAUAAAGCGCGUCAGAACUCAUGUUGUGAGAUUAUUUUGAAUUGGGUGACAAUAACAGCAGAAUUCCUCUAGAUGAGAGAUGGAUAGAUGUGUGUAUAUCUUUCCAUUAUAGACAGAUGUACAAAAAAUAAUCACCUCUUUAUAUGCAGAAUAGUAUUGAAUUGUUUGUGCUUAAAUAUAAAUUACUAACAAGUAUUACAACAAACCCUCUGUCUGUUUGCUAACUCCAGCCAUUGGGUAAAUUUAUAACUUUGCACCUCUGUAACUUUCAAUGUAAUUUUAUGAAAUUUGUAGGUUACACAAAUAAAGGGAAAUCUAUGUG